AUGGCGGGAGGAACCAGCAUUUGGAUCAGUAGCGAAGCUAAGACUGAUCCCCGAGAGAUCUUCAAUCUCCGUCUUCUAUACCUCCUCGUUGCAGUCGCCUGGGGAGGGUCCUUCUAUGGAUUUGAUACAGGAAAUAUUGGAGGAAUUCUCACACUUCCAUCUUUCAAAAAUGCAUUUGGACUGAAUGAUGUCUCCCAAGCAGAACAAGACAACAGAAAGGGCACCAUUGCCUCCAUGCUCGCUGCAGGUGGAUCGGCUGGAGCAUUACUUGCUGCUCCCACAUCAGACUAUAUCGGGCGAAAAUGGUCCGUCUUUGGUUGGGGUCUUAUAUUCGUCAUUGGCGCUGCGAUGCAAAUGGUCGCGGACUAUGAUGUGCUCCUCGCUGGUCGAUUCAUCGCUGGAAUGGGAGUUGGUGCAUCAUCCAUGCUCACGCCCCAGUUCCUUGCUGAAAAUUCUCCAAAGUCAGUCCGAGGAUCUAUGACUGCAACAUACAACCUGAUGAUUGUAACAUCGUUGAUGUUAGCAUUCUGGGUCAACUAUGGUGUGGCAAAAUGGUCCUACCCUGGUGUUGAAAAUGAUGACAUGCAAUGGAGAACGGCGAUGGGUAUUCAAAUCAUCCCGGGUGGGCUGCUGUGCUUGAUGAUUCCAUUUGUACCCGAGACACCCCGAUACCUCAUCAACCACGGCAAGAAUGAAGAGGGCCUCAAAAAUAUUUGCAAGUUGCGAAAGCUACCUGCUGAUCACGAAUAUGUCCAAACAGAAUAUCGUGAGAUCUUGGCCCAGGUCCGCCAUGAACAAGAGGCUUUUGCAGGUCACAACUACUGGGUGGUACUCAAGGAUGUCUUCUCUACGAGAAGUAAUUUCCAACGUUUUUUCCUGUGCAUAAUGCUGUUCCUGUUCCACAAGUUCACUGGCACCGACUCGUUGAACUAUUAUGCGCCCGAGAUCUUUGUGAUGAUCGGUGUCAAAGGCGGUUCCACUAGUCUCCUCACCACGGGUGUGUAUGGUGUUGUGAAAACUGCCGUGUCAUUAUUGUAUGUGGGAUACUUGGUCGAUCGAAUUGGUCGUCGGCUUCCUUUGCUAGUUGGAGCAACAUUGCAAGCGACAUCCAUGCUUUACCUGGCUCUCUAUCUUCGCUUUGCAGGGGCGAGCACAGACAGUCCCGGGAAUGGUACCCCUGCUGGUGGAAUUGUUGGCAUCAUCUUCAUUUACAUUUACGCCUUCGGAUGGUCAUUCGGUCAUUCAGUUGCUUGCUACGUGGUAGCAGCCGAGGUGUUCCCAACCAGAAUUCGAUCUUUCUGUAUGGCUAUAUGUUUCUUCGUCAAUUGGAUUGUCGACUACGGCAUUACACGUGCCACACCUAAUAUGAUUACAGAAAUGGGAUGGGGCACAUUCCUGCUAUAUGCCAUGUUGACAUAUUUGGGUGUCAUAUUUAUCUAUUUCUGUCUGCCGGAGAUGAAAGGUCGCUCUAUGGAGAGCAUGGACGAUUUGUUUGAGCGACCAUUGUGGACGAUGUGGAAACACGCCUACCCCACGGAGGAAGAGAAAGUUAGGCGCGAUGUCCGAGAGGACGUUCUGACUGGGAAGCCUCACGCCUUGGAGGAUGAUGGGAAGACCCACCGCGUGGAGCAUAUCGAAACCGCGUAG